AUGUUUUCCACCAUCAGCUACAACAAUGGUCUGCUAGAGGAAGAGGAGGUCAGCACUAAAGAACCGAGUAGUGACCGUCCUCAAAAAAGGCUUGCAUGUUUAGAGUGUCGUGUCCGCAAGCCCGAAGAGCCUGGUCAAUACGGUGGCAUUAUUCCGAGCGGCGAUACAUGCCUCAAUUCAAUACUGAAAGCCUCAAAGGCGUUACAUGCGAGAGACAGUCCACCUCUUAAGGGCGGAGGAAUUGGGUGCAAUUGCGCUCAGUCUGCGACUUUGAUGCUUGGAGAGCUUGACUCUAAGAUCUCUAAUAUCGCAGAACUAUCCGUAGAUGCCAUCCUGACGGAUCAAAAGUUCGCUCUGGGACAGUUCAAUUCAUGGCUCACCUGCGAAAAUUGUCAUUCGCCUCGAGCAACCACCAAAAUAAUUGUACUUAUUGCAGAGGGUCUCUGUUACUGUUUAGAAAGAGCAGUCACGGACUAUGUUGGUCAAUUACAAGAGGGCGGCGAGGAACCCGCUCAGUUUUUGACUGGGUUCUGCAAUAUUGGAAAUUAUCCCAUCAACUCGUGGCACGAAUGGACUCAUAUCUUGAGAGUUGCUCUCCUAUGCAGGUGUAAGGAACUUCAUGCUGCAGUUGCCAGUUUACAAGAGCGGGAUGUUCUCAAUACCCUUCUCAGCGAAGCCGAGCAGAAGUUAACAAACAUGAUGAACCGGCUGAAAAAAUGCGAGGGCGACUUAUAG